UAGAGCGGCGGGGGCGCGAGAAGGCGGCGGGGCCAAGAUGGCUGCACGGCGCGCGGCAGAGGCGGGGGGCGGCGGGGGCCUGGGGGCGGUGGGACGCUGACCCCGCCCCCUGCUGCUGCCAGUCUGCGCCGGGCGGCGACAGUGACCGAGCCCGGAACAUGGCGGCGGCGGCGCGCAGCUUUGGUCCCGAGCGGGAGGCCGAGCCGGCCAAGGAGGCGCGCGUCGUGGGUUCUGAGCUCGUGGACACGUAUACGGUUUACAUCAUCCAGGUCACUGAUGGCAGCCAUGAGUGGACAGUCAAGCACCGCUACAGCGAUUUCCAUGACCUACAUGAAAAGCUCGUCGCAGAGAGGAAGAUCGAUAAAAGUUUGCUUCCGCCCAAAAAGAUAAUUGGGAAAAACUCCAGGAGCUUGGUGGAAAAGAGGGAGAAGGAUCUGGAGGUCUACCUCCAGGCACUCCUGGCCACCUUCCCUGCCGUGGCCCCCAGAGUGCUGGCCCACUUCUUGCAUUUUCACUUCUACGAGAUUAAUGGCAUCACUGCAGCACUGGCUGAGGAGCUCUUUGAAAAAGGAGAACAGCUCCUGGGGGCCGGCGAGGUCUUUGCCAUCAGGCCCCUGCAGCUGUACGCGGUCACCGAGCAGCUGCAGCAGGGAAAGCCCACGUGCGCCAGCGGGGAUGCCAAGACUGACCUGGGGCACAUCCUGGACUUCACCUGUCGCCUUAAGUACCUUAAGGUUUCUGGCACAGAAGGACCUUUUGGGACCAGCAACAUUCAGGAGCAGCUCCUGCCUUUUGAUCUGUCAAUAUUCAAGUCUCUUCAUCAGGUGGAGAUAAGUCACUGUGAUGCCCAGCGCAUCCGGGGGCUGGUCGCAUCCAAGCCCACCUUGGCCACGAUGAGUGUCCGCUUCUCAGCAACUUCCAUGAAGGAAGUCCUCGUUCCUGAAGCCUCAGAAUUUGAUGAGUGGGAGCCAGCAGGCGCAGCCCUGGAGGGCACUGUGACUGCCGUCAUCCCCACGUGGCAGGCGCUGACCGCUCUGGACUUGAGCCACAACAGCAUCUCUGAGAUCGAUGAGUCUGUGAAACUGAUUCCAAAGAUUGAGUUCCUGGACCUGAGUCACAAUGGAGUGCUGGUCGUGGACAAUCUGCAGCACCUGUACAACCUCGUGCACCUGGACCUGUCCUACAACAAGCUGUCCUUCUUGGAAGGGGUUCACACCAAACUGGGGAACAUCAAGACCCUGAACCUGGCAGGCAAUCUCCUGGGGAGUCUGAGUGGCCUGCACAAGCUCUACUCCCUGGUCAACCUGGAUCUUAGCGACAACAGAAUCGAACAGAUGGAGGAGGUCAGGAGCAUCGGCAGCCUCCCGUGUCUGGAGCACGUGGCUCUGCUGAACAACCCUCUGAGCAUCAUCCCUGACUACCGGACCAAGGUGCUGGCUCAGUUCGGAGAGCGGGCCUCGGAGGUCUGUCUGGACAACACAGUGACCACAGAGAAGGAGUUGGACACAGUGGAAGUGCUGAAAGCGAUUCAGAAAGCCAAGGAGGUCAAGUCCAAAUUAAGCAACCCCGAGAAGAAGGUCAGUGAGGAUUCUAGGCUCUCUGCUGCCCCGUGCGUCAGGCCCAGCAGCUCCCCUCCCACCGUGGCUCCCACCUCUGCCUCCCUGCCCCAGCCCAUCCUCUCCAACCAAGUCAGUGGCGUCUCAUAGUCGCUGUCAGCCAGCUGGUAUUCGUGAUGGAGUUGUGUGAAAACCUUCCGUGGACACCUGCUGAGACCAAGAUGGCGCCACAUCUACGCAUCUUAGAUUUGAUGAGCUGUGGUAAAUAAUGGGAGGCGUGCGUGAGCUAAUGCUGGGGAAGCACUUAGCACUGCUUCUGGUCCAUCAGAAGUGGUCAGUAAGGGCUCCCUGCCUGCGUCCUUUUUGGAGGGUUUCAAGAUGAUCAGGACAGUGCCCCUGAGGAACUUGGAGCCCCUUGGGAAGAUGAGCUGUACCCCCAAGGGAGAACAGGACAGAAUGAUUUGGGUCAUUUGUGGAAGACAGAGAAGUCUGUCUAGAGCAGAGAGGACUUUGCAGUGGAGUUGUAUGUGAGGUGAAUGUCAAAGGAUGGUAGGAUCUGAGCAUGUGAGGGAGGAGGGGGUGGAUUCCAGGAGAGAAUAGCACGCUUCAUGCCUGGCUCUGUGCCUGCUGCCCUUCCUGCCUGUGCACAGCCCCUGCUGCUUUGCCCUGGGGGGGUGUCUGGGCUUGGGCCAUCUGCCUGCCUAGCCCAUGGGCAGAGGACCUGGGCCAUUGUGAGUUGUCCUGACCCCAGCCAGCAGCUGAGCUGGACGAGGGCCUGUGACCUCUGGGGCUCUGAGUUCUCUGAGGUAUUUUCUUGGGCCGUGGUGACUGGUGGUAAAGCCAGGCUAUGGAGGCAAGCCCUGGGCUCCUCCAGGUUUCUGCAAAACUUAGAGUUGAUGCCCAGCAUUCAUCCAAUCAGCUGCAUUUAGGAGAAAGUUAAAAAAAGAUUUUACCCUCAACCAGUCUGGAAAAUGUCUGGAGUGAAGUAAUGGGCCCAGACAAGCUGUAAUAAUAAUACAACAGCGUCAGCAGGCUUCAAAAGCAGCCCAAGUGAGUCAGAGCGUGCUGUCCACGGGCGGUGGCCCAGGGGAGGGUCAGUGGGAUGUGUCCUGUGGGAAGGUGGGCAUGGGUUGUCCUCUCCAGCCCUGGAGGAAACCCGAGCCUGCAAGAACGCCUGGCCUUCCGAUGAGGGGUCUUGUGCCCCUGUGUCUGCAAAACUCCGCAGGGAUGCUGGGGUGGCGGGUAGGGGGACUUGAACCAUUUCCCCAUGAAGACGCUCUAGGAGCAAACACGUUUAAGGCUCUUGGUGGACAUAUUGCCAGACUGCUCUCCAAAUGGGUGGGGCAGCUUGCACCCCAGUGCCUGCCUCUGCCAGUUAGGCCAAACAGCCUGACCUUUGCCAAAGUGAGAGGCCAAGCUUGCCCUUCUUUGAUGGCUCACGAGGGUGAGCUUGUAUCUUGUGUUACGCCUGUUGGCCAUUCUUUUGUGGAAUGUCUGUUCAUUCUUUGCAGUCUCCUAAUGGGAUUUCUGAUUUUCUCCCCCCAUUUUUUGUUAUCUGUAAGAGCGUUUUAUAGAUUAAAGAUACAAGCCUUUGACAAAUGUUGUGAGCACUUUUUUCUCAUGUCGUUUAGGUUUCUUUUUUUACUUACAGAAGUUUAGCUUUUAUGCAGUCACACCUCAAUUUCCUCCUGUGGAUUUAGUCUCAGAAAGUCUCUCCCUACCCUGAGAUUAGAUAAGCAGUCAUUUGUUCUUCUAGUUACUUUGAGAUCUCAGUUUCAACAUUUUCUUCUAUGGCCC